CCAUAUAAAAACACACACUGCCAAGCUUUCAAUCCAGUUCUUACUCUCCGCUGGGAGCUCGGUUCAUCUCCACCCCAGAACAAUGUCUUAUUACGGGUACCAAUACAAGCAGCAGUACUAUAUUCCAGGUGCAACAAGGUGUACCACACCGGUGUUCACGAGGUGCCACAACCCCUGCCCUGUGAAGUACGUGCCAUGUGCACCAUGUGUUUCCAAGGUCCCCAAGGGGUGCAGGCUGAGGAAGACAGUGCAGAGCAUCCCCAGGUGCUCCGUACCAUGCUCAUCACGGUGUGUGGAGACACACGUUGUGGAAGGCCACUCUUCCUCCUGUCGCACCAGGUCUCCUGAUCCAUGCACCAUGGCAUUUCCUCAGUCCGUCGUGCAGGGUGGGGAGAACCUCUGCGUGUCACAGUGUGGCCACUCAGGCAUUACAAGAUGCCCUCAGGUAUGCACUCCGACCCGCUUGUACCAGCACAGCUCAUGUCCUUAUUCAUACCAGUGGUCCAACAGUUACCAGUACAACUGUGGGCAGCACUAAGCUCCAUGGAGGUGCCCACAGAACGACCAGGCGAUGAAGAGCAAGAUGGACACCAUAGCUGAGUUCAGAGACACAGCUUUCUGAAGCACGACUCUUCUCCUGCUGCAAUCUCUGGGGCUUGCAGACAGCAUCUUCACAAACCAGCCCUUAUUUAAUCCUCUCCACGUUAUACUCUACUCAAUUUAAAGGACUCAUAGCUUCAUAUCUACAGUCUCCUAUCAUCUACAGUGGGCUCAGAUCUUGGCCACAUGAAGACAGUUUUUCCAUGACUGCCAGUGUAAAGGAUAUGUGAGUUUACCAUGGGCAUAAUCACUCACAUGGAUGGCAUUGAGUCGUCAAAGUGGCCUCAGCUAGCAGAGCACCAACAAAAAUAGAUCCUUCCAUGGUAAUAUUUCUGAGAAUACAGUUUUCUUUCUGCUUUUAACUUUGUUCCAGAGGAGACUUUGUAAAGAAAGGGGGUUUUAAUUCUGUACUUUGUUCUAUAUGCAACCAACAGAAAUUAGAGAAGUAAAUGUAGGACCUGACUUUCAAAGUCAAGGCAGUCUACUGUGUGAAGCACUUUCUACUUAACCAUCCACUUCUGAUGUACCAGCUGCAAGUCAGAAAGUACUUGCCCUACAGUCUGCAUUACUUUAUUCUCUAUGGUCUAUAACCAAUGUAUCACAUA